AUGCCUUCCGGCGGUCGGCAGCUGGCAGCACAGAAGGCGGCGGCGGCGGCGAGCAAGCUAGAUGUGGAAGCAGGCACCGCCACUGCCCAGGCCGCUGCCCAGGCCGGCGGCUGGGUCACCUCCAAAGCAGCGCUGUACGUCGCCAUCUUGGUGCUGGUCGCAGCAUCGGCAACGGCGGUUGCGGUGUACACCGGGAGCGACCAGAAUGUGUGGCUGGCCGACGGCAGCCUGCACAUCUCGGCGACCAAGGACGAGUCGGGCUACAAGUCGGGCCGCAUCAACAGCAAGGCAGGCGGCAGCUGGUUCCCGGGCAUGCAGCUGGCUGAUGGCGCCACGCUGGGCAGCCUCCGUGUGGAGGCGCGGAUACGGGUGCCCCAGCCAGGGCAGGGCAUUUGGGCGGCCUUCUGGCUGAGCCCGCCCAACUUCGCCUACGGCGGCUGGCCCCUGUCGGGAGAGAUCGAUGUCAUGGAGGCAAUCAACUCGAUGAGCAGCAUCACCCAGGACCCCGACAACGUGGUGGACGACACCUCCACGCAGCAGCCCGACCAGAAGCCCUACUCAGAUGGCUUCCACACCUAUGCGGUUGACUGGGACCGCGACUCCGUGACCCUGUCCAUUGAUGGGCUGCAGGCCAAGCGCGUGGUAAGCCGCCAGCUGGACCCUGGCGGCGGCUGGUGGACGGCUGCCGCGCCGGACGACCCGCAGGCGCCUUUCAACAUCCCCUUCUCGAUCAUCCUGAAUGUGGCGGUUGGCGGCGACUGGCCGGGCCCCCCCGAUGACAGCACGCCCUUCCCGGCCACCAUGCUGGUUGAUUACGUCAGGGUGGUCGGGACGGCCGAGUGA